CGCGCUGUACGUGCUGCGCUCGCUGCUCCUCCUGCCCGGUUUAACAGUCAAUAAACGGCACAAAACAAUUGUUGCUUUUUGGGGACGUCGUGGCGUGUAAAAUCUCGAGUGCGGUUUCAGUUUGAGAUACGUGUGAGAGAGCCGGAGCUAUGUGUCAGAGCUCGUUACUCAAGCUAAAUUAGGUAAUUUUUAGCUGGGUAAUGUGCUAAUCUUUAAACCUUUAUGUUUUUAAAUCCUGCGUACGUCUGGUCUCUUCAUACAAAAGUGUAUUUUGCUUGUUUCUUCUCGUCUUCUUCAGUCUGAAGCCUUAUGUAGGUCAGGCUUGGCUUAAGCAGAUUUCCUGAACCUGCGUCAGCUUAAGCUGAAGGAAUUUUAAUAAACCCUCCCUUGUAGGCGUGGGCCUAAAUGAGACUAGCCUAGUUAAGCCUGAUCUUUUUCUGUUUGUGAAAAAGAGCUGAGCAGAGCUAGGGACUGCAUGGUGGCUUCGGGAGCUGCUUCCUUAAUUCAAAGCUAACAAUGGUCGGGAAGGCCAGAUCUUCUAAUUUCACCUUAUCUGAAAAGCUCGAUUUGCUAAAACUCGUGAAGCCUUACGUUAAAAUUCUCGAAGAACACACCAAUAAGCAUUCUGUAAUAGUGGAAAAAAACAAAUGCUGGGAUAUCAUAGCCGAUAACUACAAUGCCAUCGGAGUAGAUCGCCCGCCUCGCACCGCACAGGGCCUGCGCACGCUGUACAAGAGGCUCAAAGAAUAUGCCAAACAGGAGCUAUUGCAGCAAAAGGAGACUCAUUCAGACUGUAAAAGCAGCAUUUCCGAGCCAACCAAGAAAGUUGUGGAGAUGAUUCCACAGAUUUCCAAUGUGUGUUUAAGAGACAGGAGCGGUGUACAAAGCACUAAUAUCGAUAAAGAAACAAUUGCUGGUACCAGUUCACCACAGGCAAUGUUGGAUCACCAUCCUGCUACAGUCAUGAUGGAUUUGCAAUCAGAAGAGGAUGUCAAACCUCCUCCUUCUUUGAUUAUAGACUCACAGCCAAGUGAGAACGUAGAACAAGAGGAAGAUCACCAGUUGGUGCACAUUAUGGAAAGGUCUCCUUCAACGUCAGUAUCUUCAGUUGACAUGAGAGUUAUGAUGUCUCCCUCUCCUGUGCCAAGAAGAGAUGAGUUUUUUAGGCUUGAGGUUGGAGAACGCUUUAGACCGAUGUGUGGGUAUGACCCACAGAUGUUGCAAAUGCUGAAAGAAGAGCAUCAAGUAAUAUUAGAAAAUCAAAGAAAAAUUGGGCUUUAUGUCCAAGAAAAAAGAGAUGGUUUGAAAAGAAAGCAGCAGCUGGAGGAAGAACUGUUGCGAACAAAAAUCAAAGUAGAGAAGCUAAAGGCAAUACGACUACGCCGCGAUCUGCCAGAAUACAGCACUAUCUAAAUAUUUUAUUACUUCUGCCACAUCCCUUGGAGUACUUAAUAAUAAAUGCUUUUGCCCUAGUGAAACUGUUCCUUAUGUUAAUAUGGUCUUGAAAGAUGAAAGCCUGUUUUCCAUGUUGUUGUUUACGUACCUUAAUAAAAACACCUUGUAUGGGUUUGAGUGCAUAAACUCUUCUGAUCUGAAGUAUAAUCAAAUCAUAUAGACUUAAGGAUGGUGAGAAUCCCAGUUUCUUAAAUAUUUCAACUUAUCUCUAAUAGAAUUGCAGAAAGCAAUGUAGGCUGGUUCUUUUUCAAAAUUUGAUCAUAUGCAUUAUUUUUUUCAAAUAAUUACCAAUCCUUUAUUACCUUAACGAACUUACUACUUAAGUAAACAUAUAAAAAGGAGGAGUAAGAAGCUAUGUUUAAAUAUGCUCUGCUUUUCAUGUUGGUAAAUUUUGUGACAGUGGUGAAAUUUUGCUGAUGUAUCAGCUUGGAAAACAAAAGUACUGGAUUGUUAUAUUUUUUUAAUGUUCAGUAGACAGUUGAAUAAAUGUACAUCUUUUAAAAAGUUAAUACUUUUUAAUAUUGUUUUCAGUGGAUGAGUGUUUCCAUAGGAUAUUAUGAAAAUAGAGACAGUGAAUGCAACAAUUCAAUUUUAAAAGUGCAUGCAUGCAUAAUUUGUGUGUACAGUUACCAUGAUUGUAUAUUCUCUUAGAGUAAUUAUACUGGUCCUCAACCAGAGAAGUCUAAUAAGCUCACUUGCAUGCAUAAUUACUGCAGUGCAUGUGCAACCAAGACAGUUGCAUGUGCCUUUGAUCGAUAUCAAUAUGACUGUAAGCUAUCAGAAUGGAAUAGCUUCUGUAUGUAAGUUAUGUGACUCGAAAUCAACAGAAGAUUCUUUGUUAUUCUUGGUACCUUUUAUAAAUGCUGUUGUUCUGCUCCUUUGAUUAGUUUCAAAUAAAAAGCCCAAAAUGAAAAAGAUUAUUCUGUCUGUCCUGGAAGCAGCACUUUCCUCUGCAUUUGUGAUCAGCAUUCAUAACUGGAAGAAAUAUACUGGCAAGCCUAAUUCCUUAACAAUUAAUUUCUUUGUAAUUCUUGGUCUCUUGCCUGUUAUGAAUAGAUCCACAACUUCCUUAGACCUCUGGCUCCUUAUCCCCUGUAGCAACACUUUUUCCUUCCUCCAAGCUGUAGUAAAGGAAAAGGAAAUUAAGCCAGCAACAAGGAAAAAGCGCGAGCAAAGGAAAUGUAAUUCUUUCUGUUUCUCCUAUCUCAGAGGGCUCCAAAAAUAGAAAGUAUAAAAGCAAUAGGAAGAAUGUUUUUUCCUGCAGCUGCUUGUUACUCUCAAUCCUGUCACAGUUGUCCCAACUCUCCUUCUUUCCCCAUUCCCACAGAACCUUGGUGUAUGAGUACAGGGCACUGGUGUGCCUUAGCAGGCUGUUUGAAGGUAAACCACGCUGCUCGUCAGACUUCUGAGUGAAUCAGGUUACCUUUGUAACCUCGGGGAUAAAUGCUUAUUAAAAACUAAGGGCUGGAACCAUGUAACUUAGUUCAGGGACUAAUUGAGCUUAAAGCAUUGUAGUUAAAAUUUUAUAAGAGUGGUGAGAGAGAAAUCAUCUUGACUUUCAGUGCUUAGAACAACUUCAGCAGGUUACAGGAGGAAAACUGAGGAAAAAUACAGAUUGUGAAAACAGAUGACAUCAGUACAGAAUUGCUCCAUGCUUUUCCAGUUGUGUGGCAGAGAGAAAAGUCCUUCAAGGAUCGGUUCUUUUGGGAGUUUCUGCGUGUGCUUGCAAUGAUGAUGUCUGAAUGAGUGGCUUCUGUUUAUGUACAGCCCUUGGCUUGCUUCUGCCUUUUUCAGUUCAAGGACAUUGAUCUGUUUUUGUAUAGUUAGUAACACUUCAAUGAGACAUUCAGUUCCCUGAGUUUACAAGAGUCAAAAUCUUGGCUUUAAUAAAAACUUUAUUAAACAUAACAUCUUAUUUGUUCUACUUUGCCAUCUGAAGUGUGGC